GCGGUGGUUAUAGGUGGGGCUAGUUUGCUGAAAGUGUUAAUGUUGUCGUCUUGUUAGCCGAUCAAUAUUAAAGUGGAGUAUGUGCGAGUCAGUGUUCAAGGUCUUGUUAAUAGGAGACCAUUCCGUCGGGAAGACCACAUUCGUGGCCAGCUACGUGCUGAAUAAGUGGGUACCCAAUCUCAAAACGACAGUAGGAGCUGAUUAUGCAGUUAAAUCCGUUAAAUGGUCAGAAACUGAAACAAUCAGAUUACACUUGUGGGAUAUAGCAGGUCAAGAGAGGUUUCACUCAAUUGCAAGGACAUACUUCAGAGGUGCUUCUGGUUGUGUGGUCAUGUUUGACGUGACAAACAAUAAGAGUUUUGAAAGUGCACGAGAAUGGAAGCAGGAACUCGAUUCUAAAGUUGAGCUUCCAAAUGGAGAGAAAGUACCUUGUGUACUACUGGGAAACAAGGACGAUUUGGUAGACAAGAAGGUAGUCACUCAGUCACAGGUGGACAAAUUCGCUAGAGAAAAUGGUUUCAUUCAUUAUUCGUUCUGCUCCGUCAAAGAAGGAAAGGGAAUAACUGAACCAAUGAGUGAGCUUAUAAAGUGCAUGUUGGAGCAAGAGCAUUCUUCUGGUGAGGUCCUACAGGCUUUCGAUAGACUAAAUCCCGACAUAUUCGAAGAACGAAGUAACUCAGGGUGUUGCUCAAAACAAUGAUGUAUGAUUUUUGUGAAAUGCUUUGAUAUUUUUAUUGUGUUAUAAAAUAUGAAUGAUAGCUAUUAUCAAUACCUAUAUCAUUUUAUUAUGAUUGUUAUAAAAUAUUAUCAUUAAAAGUUUUCAAUCAGAUCCACUGCCAUUUCCAUAA